AUGGCCAUGGGGGGGCGCUGGGGCUGGGGAUCCUGGGGCGGGGGUCCAUCCAGGGGAGCUCCCAGACUCUCGGAGCUCAGGCCCUGGCUGAGCGGAGGCACGCUCGCGGCGGCAGGAGGUGGAGGUAGUACUGUGGGAGGAGGUGGGGCGGAGAAAGGAGGCAGGGGGAGAUGUUCCCGCAGGGUUUGGGUUCUCCUCGGCUCGCUGGUUCUCGUCUUUCUCACCUCGCUCUUCUUCUCCGUCUCACUCCGUGGGGGCGUCGGCUUCAACUACCUUGAGCCGCCUGGGUGGGAGGAGUCGAGGCGGGUGAAGCUAGUGCCCAGCUACGUGGGUGCACACAGGCUGUCCCCAUCUGACACCUCGCAGCAGAAGACGUGUGCCUGCACGCGCUGUGUCGGAGACCCCGGCGUUUCUGAUUGGUUCGAUGAGAACUACGACCCGGAUAUCUCACCUGUUUGGACCAGAGACAACAUCCAGCUGCCCUCUGAUGUCUACUACUGGUGGGUGAUGCUACAGCCCCAGUUUAAACCCCACAGCAUCCAGCAGGUGUUGCUGAGGUUGUUCCAGGUGAUUCCUGGAAGGUCGCCGUACGGCUCGUGGGAUCCGGGACGCUGCCUGCGCUGUGCCGUGGUGGGGAACUCUGGAAACCUUCGCGGAGCCGGAUAUGGGGCGACCAUUGACGGACACAACCACGUCAUGAGGAUAAACCUGGCCCCCACGGUGGGCUAUGAAGAAGAUGCCGGCAGUCACACCACUCACCACUUCAUGUACCCGGAGAGCGCCAAGAACCUGGCGGCCAACGUCAGCUUUGUCCUGGUUCCCUUCAAAACGCUGGAUCUGGUCUGGAUCACCAGCGCUCUGUCUACCGGUCAGAUUCGAUUUACUUACGCUCCAGUGAAGCAGUUCCUGCGUGUAGAUAAAGACAAGGUCCAGGUCUUUAAUCCAGCCUUCUUUAAAUACAUCCACGACCGUUGGACCAGACACAACGGGCGCUACCCCUCCACCGGCAUGCUAGUGCUGUUCUUCGCCCUGCACGUCUGUGACGAGGUGAAUGUGUAUGGCUUCGGGGCAGACAGCCGGGGGAACUGGCACCACUACUGGGAGCAGAACCGCUACUCCGGGGAGUUCAGGAAGACCGGCGUCCAUGACGCCGACUACGAAGCCCAGAUCAUCGAACGACUGGCCAAGGCCGGCAAGAUCACCGUAUUCCCCGGGAAAUAACAAGCAAAUCCCCCUUUGUAUCUCGUCUUCCAACGCUGGUCCGGCAACAGACACUAUAGAGUCUGCUUAAACCACAUUCUUACAGAAGGCGAGACGAAACGAUCACAAAAAGGUUCCAGACAAUGUUAUUCCAUUCACUUUCCCUCAUAUUCGAGUUUGUAGUUUUUCAAAGGUUUUACCGCUAACGGCAGUGCAGAACCACAGACAUCAACUCAGAAGUGAAGAACACAUGAAGGCUGGACAGCAGGACCACUCCACCAAUAACCACAAGAAGCCACUUCGAGUGUCCAGCGCAGAGAGAGUCCCACUUCUGGACUCACCUCGGAUCUUUAACUCUCAUCCAUUAACAAAAAUACGGUACGCUGCGUACUGAACAGGCCACAGAAACUGCACCGUCAGCAUCUGGGAGACCUUCAGCCAUGUGAUGUCUGACAGGAACAAAGUGUGUACAAACGUACAGUUCUUCAUCCUCGAAGCACAAGGCGCUGUGCUGUAAGCCUGCAGACUGGCACUACGGACACAAACUGUCAUCAGAAGCUGGUGAACAUUGUGAGACUCGAGGACUCAUUCUUCCAUCUCUUACAGAACCCUGGGUUAUGACUUCAUGUGAGUUCUGCCUCACCAGACAGCGUUACAAGGGUCUGACUGUGAUGAUAAGCCGAUGGGUGAUUGCUGUGCCUUUCGGACAUUCUGACGGAUCACUGCAGCACUAGCAUGAUGCCGUGAACACCAUGGCCGGGCUACAGACUUUGUUCACAGAAGUGUUCUGGGAGGAGCGUCGGUUCGACUGCUCUAAUGAGGCCAAGAGUCUGUCUUCUGAGAUUUCAUGUUUGGAUGGAGGCACACUGAUUGCCGGAGUUUCAUCCCCAUGUGGUCUGUCAGGGUCUAAUUUGGGAGACAGAGAGCUGGGGCAUGAGGAACCCGUCUGACAGAGGCAGCAUGAGGAGCACAUCAUUUUGCUCCAGUGUUUUUAAGAAAAAGAGAGAAAAGACAUUGUUUCUGUGCAGCAGACUUCUACACACUACACUGGGGUCGCCACUUUGGUUUUCUGAAAGGGAACUUCGCUCUGUUUCUUUUCCCCUUCACACCAGAUUAAGGCCCACAUGAUGGGGUGAAAGAAAAAGCCCACUGGAUCUCUUCAUUAACCACUAGCUCUGGUCCCCGCUCAGCCAAUUAAAACUUCAGCUAUGUCUGGAGGGGGUGGAGCCACCAGACGCCUUAGACUUCACCGCCGCACCACAUAAACUGCACUUCCUGUUCUGAUUUUCAUGUUGAUUGCAUAUCCCCCUGAGACUGCAGAUUUCAUUUAUGUACUAUUUGACUUUACACUUUGGCUGGAUUUAUACUGUUGGCUCAGAUCUUCUUUUCCACCAGGGUGGCUCAUUAAUAGCUUUUAUCAUGAUUUGAUACUUUCCUCAAAUAACGCCCAUACACACAUUUAUAGCCUCAACUGUUAGUAAUCUACAUCUUUAACAAGGAGGCCCAGCCGAAUAUCAGCCGUUGAAGUGGUGCUUGACAGUAUUGGGGGAAAAAAAAGCAGAAAAUGUGUGCCACAGAGAGAAAGGAAAAUAAAACGUAUUUGGUUUGACCUGAGGCUGUAAAUCCAUCUAAAGAUGCCGUGACGUGAGAUGUGUUUAUAAAGAAGAGUACUCAGGGUUCCUACACAGGUCUGGAAAAAAACUGCCCUUUUUAUACCAAACUAUUGUAUGCAUCACUAUGAAUGACUCUAUUUAGGAACAAUAUUACAGUAUUUGCUGGAGCUCAAGGAUACACACAAUGUGUUUAGGCUGGUAACACCGAGUGCAAACAGAAACUUCACAGAGCACCAUCACGUUUGAAAAAAGAUCGCUAACACUGUAACGCUCUGACCGGUUUCAUCCAGACUGUUGACAAACAACCAAAUGUUUUCCAAUUUGGAUUCAAAUACUGCAAACGUUUGAUUAGUGUAUGGAAAUACGUGACCUCACGAUGUUUCCAUAUGAGCCCUGUUCACUUCAAACCGGUACAAAGAGCACAGAAAAAGCAGUAAAAUCUUAAUUGAAAUAACCUAAAGUGUGUUUCCAUGUAGGAUACAAUGAUUGACUGAAACAAGUACAUCAGAAGACAUGUUUUUGGGCCUUUUAUGCAAAAACUAUAGUAGUUCAUCAGUCUUCACCAAUACUUGAAUGUUCAGGUUUCACAAGCCAGAGUCCGUUUGGCUACUCCGAGCGUUCUGCUCCACGAUGUUUGCAGAUAUAUUUGGUGAUACUGGCAGUGGUGUUCCUAACAAACACAUUUGGAAAGUGUUCAGAACGAACGCCUUCUGAAGUCCAAGGGGGAAAGAAGUCAAAGUGACAAACCAAAAAAUACCAAUCAGACCAGUGUAUCAACCGCACCAGUGAACUAAAACAGACUAAAUGUUUGCUUGUGGAAGCGCCUCCAAGAAGGGUUAGAAAGAAAGCUAAGUUUAUGAACAGAAGCUGUGUAGGAACCACUGCAGCAGGUGCUGCUUCCAUGUGAAAUAACACCUGUGUAUGUGUGAGACAUGAUCACAUCCCUCUGAGUGUGUUGUUCAAAGUUAAGGGAUUUAACCACAUGGCAUUAUGAAGCUCAUUCUUAUUAAUUGUGUUUUUUGUUGUUUUACAUGUAGUACACACACACACACACACACACACACACACACACACACACACACACACACACACACACACACACACACACACACACACACACACACACACACACACACACACACACACACACACACACACACACACACACACACACACACACACACACACACACACACACACACAGAGAGAGAGGAGGGCCACACUGCCCCCAGCAGGCGAUGUGAAGAACUGUACUUUUUCUGCUGAUAUCAGUUCUGUGUAUUAUUUGUUUUAUCUCUGGAGGAUAUUGUGUAUUUUCAAUGUUUCUAUCCUACGUUGCACAUAACAGAUCUUAUAUGAUGCAUCAGCGUUGAGAUGGGCUCACUAUAAGAGUCCGUGCGGCUGAAUCUGAACAUACUGUUUGUGUUUUCUCUCUCUGUCUCACACACAGACACACACAUUCAUGCUUCCGUGCCUUGUCCUGCUGCUGGACGUAUUUCGCCUACAGCUGCUCCAUCGGCAACACACACCUGCUACCUUUUGCAUUUUAUCUCACACACUCCCAUGUCUGUCAUGACUAUGAGCUGUGCCUUCUGAGCCACACACACACACACACACACACACACACACACACACACACACACACACACACACACACACAGCCUUGUGUUCGAGGUACAGACCCUCCUGCUCUUCACUUCUUUGUGCACUGACAUUGUUUUAUAAAGAUCGCUGUCGGCUAAAGGAGACGAUGUAAACUGGUGAUGCAGUAAAUUCAUAGUACAAAUUAUUAUUAUUUUUUUUUACAUAAACCGUAUAUACUUUUGAGGCAUAUCUAGAUGACAUAUAGUAAAGAAUGGCAGACAGAGAGGAUCAUCCGCUGCAUUCAAGCCCACUAAAGUUGCAGGUGCCUGUCCUGUUCUCGCUGUCUGUUUAUAACUACAGACGGUGAAGAUGAGUAAACGUUUAGACGUAUCAGUGUACAGCUUCUUUCGUGCUUUGGUGUUUUCUUGCAGUUGUCAGCGACUGUGGUCCUGUGUUGUUGAUGUUUGUUUUCCAAGAUGCUCCUUCCAACUUUAAAAAUUAAUCUUUAAAUUGUUUUGGAGAUAACAAGGCGCUCCGGAGGCAGAAUAACACGGUCCAACACAUUCUUGUAGCCUGCAGUGGAAAAGUCUUAAUAGUCGACUGUGACCCCAAACCAUUAUCAGCAUCUUCAAUUCCUCACAGUUGUAGACCAGAACAUUGUAAUCAGAUGGAGGGGGGAAGCAGGGUGAGCCCUCUCCGCUGCGCGAUCCUGCGUUAGAGUGGAGGUUUUACAGCACAUGACACAGAUCUGUUCCCUGUAGCAUUUAUAACCUACAUUAGGUCUUUUCUCCUGUCGCUGACCCAAUACACUGAUUUUUCUUUUUGUCCUUUGGAGUAGAUUCUCAAAAUAAUCUGAAAAAGCACCCAGUUUUUAGGUCUAUGUCUGUCCCAGGGCUGUGUCAGGGACAUCAGUCAAGAAAUAAAGAGCUGCUUCAGUUGAGCACAUUUUGGGAAAUGCGGUCUUUGAUCGGGACAGUCAGAUGUCCAGGGAGCAGCAUGUUUUCUCAGGUGAAAUGUGAAUGUGUGGUUCAAUCCUCUGACAGAAAUGAGUUAAACUCGAAGGGCACUCUGACAGCACAGACCUCCACCAACGCUACGUGAUUUGGAUCCGAUCCAAAAUGUAAUGGGUUCGUCGUUGGCCCAUGCUACACCCUUCCACCAAGUCUCAUGUAAAUCGGGCCUGUAGUUUUUCCGUAAUCCUGCUGACAGACAGACAAACCUAAACCAUAAAUGUAACCUUCUCUGCUUAGGUAAUGAAAGCUGACUUGCGUGUUGAAUUUAUGUUGCAACUGAAAAUAGACUGAUUUUCUUUUUAGCAUUUGUUAUUUUUUGAAAUUCUAGGCCAGACUCAUGCAAAACAUCCCCACACUAAAAUCUUCUGUGUUCUACUUUGCGCUCAGUGGAAUCCAGGUUUCUUUCACAUCCAGGACUAUUUUUACACCGCCUAUGUGCUGAGGAGCAUUUCAGUAAAGCCUCGAACACCCAAAUACUGAUUGCCUGAAAAUGUGUUUUUGAGCCUGGUACAGCUGCACAAUGCAGCAAUAGACACGAGCCACUGGAGGAAACUACAAUUUCUAUUUUCCUGGAUAGAAAAGGAGGCACAUUAAACUCAUUAAAUAAAAUGUUAUGAGGUAAUUAAACAGAAUGAGUGUGGAAAUGAACACAGUCUGAAAGCACACCUGCUCAUCUCUGAAAGAAAUGGACACAUUUUUAUUUUAGAGCGAGAAUAUCUGCACAGCAUCUCAAUCCUUAACAUCUAAAGGACACUUUUCUUUUUUAAGAGUAAGGUGAGCUAAAGCGAGGAGACAGUUGGCAUAGUUUAGCAUGAAUACUGGAAAAGGGGGGUGACAGCUAGCAACUAAGCUAGCAAGCUAGCAGCUCCAGGCCAAGAAAUAAGAUGACAUCACAUGAGCCUCUGGAAAGCUACUAAAUGUUGUUUUUACACUUACAAACUAAACAAGAUAUAACAUGUUGAGUAGUGACUUCAAAAGAUGCUAGUAGGCUAAUAGUUACAUUUGGACAGAGCUAGGCUAGCUGUUUCCAGUCUAAGCUAACUGUCUCAUAUAGACUUGAGAGUGGUAUCAAUCUUCUUAUCUAACUCCCGGCAAGAAAGCAAAUUAGCUUUUUUUCCCAAAAGUAUAUACUUGCUAACUGCCAACUGGGUUGUUUUUUUCUAGCUGUUGUACUAAAGGCUUUGUAAGUCUAAUACUCAACCUUAUUACUCAGCGAAAGUGAGGACAAAAUCAGAGUCAGAAUCUCUCAUGACUGACAAAUGAUUAUAAUACCACUCACAUCUCAACCUGUUUCUGUCCAGUUACUUUGUUUAAGGUGGUUCUGGGGUUAAGGAGAAUAGCUGACUGCAGCAGGGAAGACAUUUCAGUGACUGUGCCUGCGUGCUGUGUUUCCUCAUCAGUUCACUGGUCUGCGUUGAACAAGAGCUCUUUAGCAGCAGUCACUGAGAUGCAGACUGCACACUAUCGCUGUGGAUUGUAACACUAACACUCAACUCUGUCAGCUAUUGUGCUAGUACUCUCAAAUAUGAAGUAGGAUUAAAGGCUGCUUAGUGAAUAUGUCUGCCAUAACAGCAAAUUUGCUGGUAGCUAACAUGAAACGGAUACUGUAGGAAAAGCAGCGCUUUAGAGUUUGGAUUGGUGAAAUAUUUCCAUGUGGGUGGUUUCCUGUUGUCUGGAUCUGUCAUCAUCUAGUCCCGGUUUUAAUGUCGCAAUCUUCAGUAGGACGACCUUUUGGACAAGGUGUUACACAUGUAUUUACUACAUAGAAACAUCUGUAUGAUAUGUGAUCCAACUCUUUGUAUCUUAUGCUAUUGUACAAAUAAAAGCUUCAUGAAACAUGAGGCAAAAGUC